GCUCCGAAGGAAUCAAUUUCCAGGGCAGGUGCGACUUCAUUGUCUAAGAAGUCCAACCAAGGGGCGACUUCCACCGGCGAACUCGAAGUUCGUUGGAAGGAGGAGAGACCCAGAACCGAGGAACUCGUCAAGCACAGUAGAAUCUCUAAAAUGGGUGCUCUCAGAAACGUGGUUAUCGCCUUUCUGGUCCCUCUCCCGUCCUUGGCGUUCUACCUCGUCUUCCUCCAGGGUUUCUUGUCUCCUGAUCCCCUCCCCAUCUGGAAGUGGUGCGCCGAUCAUCCCAUCUUGCUAGCAAACCUCCUAUUCUUCAUCAAUGUGGAUAUCAUUUUCUGGGUCAUAAGCCUUUUACAGAAGAGCACUUGGCUUAUAGACUUGUACUGGACUGUCAUACCGGUGAUGCUUGUCCACUACUAUGCGUCUCAUCCUUAUCAAAGAUCAGAUUCUAAGAGAUCGAGAACGAUUGUUUGGUUAACUUGGGUUUGGAGCAUCAGGCUUACGCAUAAUUACUUCAGGAGGGAGGGGUGGGCAUGGGGAGAUAGAGAGGAUUGGAGGUUUGCUGAUCUUAGGAAGAAGCUUGGGGGACAUUGGUGGUGGGUUUCUUUCUUCGCAGUGUACGUGUCGCAGCAGGCAUUCUUAAUAGGCAUUUGCCUGCCGAUGUAUGCGGUACAUACCAGUGAUAUCCAAUGGAAUACAUGGGACAACGUUGCUACUUUUGUGUGCGCCGUUGGUAUCAUUAUUGCUUAUUUUGCAGACACCCAGCUUCAUGCCUUCGUGAAGAGAAAUAGAGUAUUCAGAGAUCUUGGGGUGCCCGUGGUACCUACUCUUGAAACAGGCUUAUGGCGCUACUCUAGGCAUCCAAACUACUUCGGCGAACAGCUGUGGUGGUGGGGACUGGUCAUCUUUGGAUGGAAUACUGGGAAAGGGUGGACACUCAUUGGAUCCCUUCUGAAUAGCCUUUGUUUAGCAUAUUCAACAGCCCUUGUGGAAGAAAGGAUGAUGUCUCAGGCAUCUAGAGCAAAAAAGUACAAACUAUAUAAAGAGACAACAUCAGUUUGGGUGCCUUGGUUUAAAUAUGUUCCAAGGACAGAGGACAAAAGAACCUAAAUGUUAUCAUUCCUUUUCACCCUAGUAGGUCUACUGUCUGCUUUAAUUUGUAAGAUCAAUUAUUUUCUAGUGAAAGGACCUUUUUGAGAAAUCAAGGUAUCAGCUAUUGCGUGCUUCUUGUUUUUC